GCCAGCGCCGCCUCGGCUCGUGCCAGGCCGGGGACCCGGUGCCCCUCCCGGGGCGACCUCCGCGCAGCAGGGGCAAUGCGGACCGUCCCGCUGACCGUCUAGAGCUCCUCACCGCCUCCUUCACCUCUCGCCCCUCCACCCCGGGCGAGGACGGGCGGUGGCUGCCCAGAGGUGCUCGGCUGCACCUUCCUUCGGCCCCAAAGGACCUUCCUGGGCGCACCGUACCGACCCUUCCUUCAUGCUGCAGUGCUGCAACGUUUCCGCCACCGAGGGGGAAAAGCGGCGGCGAUCUCAAUCCAAACACAAGAAUUGGCGUGUGACUCAUCUGCUUGGAUACCUCCAGUCCUCAAACUGUCUUCCAGGAGUUUUCUUGGCUGAAGCUGCUCGAUGGUUGAGCCUUUUCUUCCCGGGGAAGAAGAUGGACUGAAAGCUGCCAGUUGGGGACUUUCUGUGAUCAGGGCGCUGCUGGGUUUUGAAGGCGAUGAUGGGGCUUGCGCUGGCUUGUCUUCCUAUCCCAGCGAAGAGUUGUUGAUGUUCACUGGUUAUGCUUAGACAAUGCGCAGUUUGUUUUAAUUUAACAUUUUGGGCGGGGGGGGAUAGGGGUAUAAGCUUGUGAAGGGCAGCCCGGAUCCGGAGGAGCUCCUCUUUGUCCCUGGUAGGAGAGACACCCCCAGUCUGUCCUCGAUGCCGUCAGCCUUGGCCAUCUUCACUUGCCGUCCGAACUCGCACCCUUUUCAGGAGCGUCAUGUCUACCUGGACGAGCCCAUCAAAAUCGGCCGCUCUGUGGCCCGCUGUAGGCCAGCGCAGAAUAAUGCCACCUUUGAUUGCAAAGUGCUGUCAAGGAACCAUGCUCUCGUCUGGUUUGAUCACAAGACAGGCAAGUUUUAUCUCCAAGACACUAAAAGUAGUAAUGGUACCUUUAUAAAUAGCCAGAGACUGAGUCGAGGCUCUGAAGAAAGCCCACCAUGUGAAAUUCUCUCUGGUGACAUUAUUCAGUUUGGGGUAGACGUGACGGAGAAUACACGGAAAGUUACCCAUGGGUGUAUUGUUUCCACAAUAAAACUUUUUCUACCAGAUGGUAUGGAAGCCCGACUCCGCUCAGAUGUCAUCCAUGCUCCAUUACCAAGUCCUGUUGACAAAGUUGCUGCUAAUACUCCAAGUAUGUACUCUCAGGAACUAUUCCAGCUUUCUCAGUAUCUACAGGAGGCCUUACAUCGGGAACAGAUGUUGGAACAGAAAUUAGCCACGCUUCAGCGGCUACUAGCAAUCACCCAAGAGGCUUCAGAUACCAGUUGGCAGGCUUUAAUAGAUGAAGAUAGACUCUUAUCACGAUUAGAAGUUAUGGGAAACCAAUUACAGGCAUGCUCCAAAAAUCAAACAGAAGAUAGUUUACGGAAAGAACUUAUAGCAUUACAAGAAGAUAAACAUAACUAUGAGACAACAGCCAAAGAGUCCCUGAGACGGGUUCUUCAGGAGAAAAUUGAAGUGGUUAGAAAACUUUCUGAAGUUGAGCGAAGUCUGAGUAAUACUGAAGAUGAAUGUACCCACCUGAAAGAAAUGAAUGAACGGACUCAGGAAGAAUUAAGAGAAUUAGCUAAUAAAUAUAAUGGAGCUGUUAAUGAAAUUAAAGAUUUAUCUGAUAAAUUGAAGGUAGCAGAGGGGAAACAAGAGGAAAUCCAGCAGAAGGGACAAGCUGAGAAAAAAGAAUUACAGCAUAAAAUAGAUGAAAUGGAAGAAAAAGAACAGGAGCUCCAGGCAAAAAUAGAAGCUUUGCAAGCUGAUAAUGAUUUCACCAAUGAAAGGCUAACAGCUUUACAAGUACGGUUAGAACAUCUUCAGGAGAAAACUCUUAAAGAAUGCAACAGCUUAGGGAUACAAGUUGAUGACUUCUUACCUAAAAUAAAUGGGAGCACAGAAAAAGAACACUUGCUUUCAAAGAGUGGCGGGGACUGCACUUUUAUUCAUCAGUUCAUAGAAUGCCAGAAGAAGCUGAUCGUCGAGGGGCAUCUAACCAAAGUGGUAGAAGAAACAAAGCUUUCAAAAGAAAACCAGGCAAGAGCAAAGGAAUCUGAUUUAUCAGAUACUCUGAGUCCAAGCAAGGAAAAAAGUAGUGACGACACUACAGACGCCCAAAUGGAUGAGCAAGACCUAAAUGAACCUCUUGCUAAAGUGUCCCUAUUAAAAGAUGACUUACAGGGUACACAGUCAGAAAUUGAGGCAAAACAAGAAAUUCAGCAUCUUCGCAAGGAAUUGAUCGAAGCCCAGGAGCUAGCUAGAGCAAGUAAACAAAAAUGCUUUGAACUUCAAGGUCUUUUGGAAGAAGAAAGAAAAGCCUAUCGUAAUCAAGUUGAGGAAUCCACUAAACAAAUACACGUUCUUCAAGCCCAAUUGCAGAGGUUGCAUAUCGAUAUGGAGAAUCUCCGGGAGGAGAAGGACAGUAAAAUCACAAGUACUAGAGAUGAAUUGCUUAGUGCCCGAGAUGAAAUUAUACUCCUUCAUCAAGCAGCAGAAAAGGCUGCCUCUGAGCGGGACACUGACAUUGCUUCUUUACAAGAAGAGCUUAAGAAGGUACGAAGUGAGCUUGAGCGGUGGCGGAAAGCAGCAUCUGAAUAUGAAAAAGAAAUCACGAGUCUGCAAAACAGUUUUCAGCUUCGAUGUCAACAGUGUGAGGACCAGCAGAGAGAGGAAGCAACAAGAUUGCAAGGUGAACUGCAGAAAUUGAGAAAGGAAUGGAAUGUAUUGGAAACCGAAUGUCAUUCUCUAAAAAAGGAAAAUGUUUUGCUAUCAUCAGAACUGCAACGGCAAGAAAAGGAGCUGCACAAUUCUCAGAAGCAGAGUUUAGAACUUACCAGUGAUCUCAAUAUCCUUCAGAUGACUAGGAAAGAGCUUGAGAAUCAAGUGGGAUCCUUGAAAGAACAGCAUCUUCGGGAUUCAGCUGAUUUAAAAACUCUUCUCAGUAAGGCUGAAAACCAAGCAAAGGAUGUACAGAAAGAGUUUGAAAAGACACAGACUGUACUCUCAGAACUGAAGUUGAAGUUUGAAAUGACUGAGCAGGAAAAGCAGUCAAUCACAGAUGAGCUCAAACAAUGUAAAGACAACCUGAAGCUGCUCCGAGAGAAAGGAAAUAAUAAACCCUGGCCCUGGAUGCCCAUGUUGGCUGCCCUGGUUGCAGUGACAGCCAUCGUGCUGUACGUGCCAGGUCUGGCCAGAGCUUCUCCAUGAGAGCGUUCCUUGAGUCCGUACACCGUCUUCCCUCUAGAAGCUGGCAUCACACUCAUGCUGGGGACAAACAGAACCAUUUUCUUCUUUUUUACCUCUUAAAACAGCAGAAGUACAAGAAUACAGCUGUAGGGUCAUUGCUUUAAAUUAUAUAAAAUGUAUCUGUCUAUAAAGAGAAUAUAAAAUUGUGACUAUUCUACUGUAAGCAAUAAUUGCUUGCAAUUUUUCAUGUAAUUUUUAAAUUAGUAUGUUGAGAUUCUGAAUAUUAUGGUGGCCUAAAGUAGGCUUCUUGGUAAACCAAAUUAUUUAUAACAUUAAAUUUAUGAGUAUUUUACUCUGAAUUCUGAUGACCAGAUUAAUUCAUUUUUCUGAUUCGAUAAUAACUACCCAAACCAAACAACCAAUAUAUACAUGGGAAGAGAGGCCCUGUGUGCUCAGUGCCUAUCAGUUUGAAAUAUAUACACAUAUAUAUAUAUUUUUUACAUAUUUACGCCAUUUUUACUUGUUAUAAAACCACUGAGCUAUUGGGAACAAGAGUUAGACAACUAUUUGCGUGGAUUUCUUUUUUUAAGGAAAAAACAUUUGGAAAAUAUUCUGUUAGAGUGAUAAUUUGGGGUAUAUGUGCACGCUUGUUCAGCCUUAAUGUGACUUGAAGAUGUGGAGGACAUCAACUUUGAAAAACUUUCCAUGAGAGUGUGUAUUUUCUUGAGCAAACUGAAGUAUUUCUGGGAGCAAAACAUAGUAAUUACACAAUUUCAGUGCAGUCAACCAAACUGUUGAGUCAAUUGGAAUGUAAUUUAUUAAACCUCAUGUAUUUAAAGAGAUAUUUUCUUUAAAAGUCAAGUUACUUUCUCAUAUACAGCAUUUUAGGAAGCAUGAUUUUUUUUCUAUCAUCUGUUCCUCCAAGCAUGUUUAAUUGAAGAAAGAGUUAAUAUCUCUUUAGAUAAGCUUUUAUUGACUUAAUUUGGUUAUGAUGUGUCAGAGCUAGUAUAUGUUCAAGGUGAGCUGUUACCUACCUACGAGUUACUGGUUGGGUAUGAAAAUGGUUAUUUUCUUUUUAUUGUUAAUUGGGACUUUCUGUUAAUGAGAAGCACUAUUCCCAAGAUUAAUAGUGAUCUAUGCACAACGAAGCACCUAAAAACACUGCUUGAUGUUAUAAAUUUAAAACACAGAAGUGAAAGUUUAGCUAUGGUUUUGUGCAGCAUCAUAGUUGUGUCAAUAAAGUUUAUUUAGGUCAUAGACUAUCCUAAAGUAUCACAUAGUUAAAUUUUUCAAUCUAUGAAAACUGGGAGGGAAUGUCAGCAAAUUGGCUUGAAUGUUCUGUGGCAGUCCACAGGCCUAGGCAAAUAUUGAAUAGGAGUUUAGGAUACAAUUUGCCUUGUGAUGUUUGGCAGUCACCGUUUAUACUUUAAAGGUUAUAUUUUAAGCUAUUAAUAUUUGGGAUUGCUGUUGGGAGGAUCACUAGAUUUAUGGAGGAAUUAGUCACAAAUGACUUGUAGAAAAUACUGUCAUAUAGUUCAUUUCAUCAUUUUCUGUUGCAGGAAGCCACUCCACCACAGAAUGCUAAUAUGCCAGUGGUACCCAGUACCUCUUGUAUAUAGGUUAUUGCAAAUAUUGUUCUGAAAUGCUUAACUUCAGAAUUACAUUUUUUAAAGUAAAUAAUUGUUUAAAUCUAUUUUGUAAAGAUAUAAAGUACAAUAGAAUUUCUGGAGUACAGAUUAAACUAUUUGCACUAACACACGUGAUGUGCAUGAUUUAAUAAAAUAACUUUACUCUCCCUA